UUGAUUUAGUGUUCGUUCAACUACCUGUCAUUGAACGUCGUCGUGUCUCUGUGAAAAAAAUGGAUUUUAAAGAUAAAGUUGUCUUAAUUACGGGCUCAAGUAGCGGAAUUGGUGCCGGAACAGCUGAAUUAUUGUCGACUUUUGGGGCGUCGCUCGUGCUUGUCGGUCGAAAUUUGGACAAUUUGCAAAAAGUCGAGGAAAAAUGCAUAAAAGCAGCAGCGCCAGGCACUCCCAAGCCACUCACACUUCAAGCUGACGUCACGCUCGAGGCCGACGUCACUCGCAUCAUCGACGAAACACUCAAAAAAUUCCAAAAACUCGACGUCUUGAUAAACAACGCCGGCAUAAUUGGCGUCGGAUCAAUUGAACAAACGUCACUCGAGCAAUACGACUCGAUCAUGAACACAAAUAUGCGCUCAAUUUAUCAUCUCACGAUGUUGGCAGUUCCGCAUUUGAUCAAAACGCAAGGGUGCAUCGUGAAUGUGUCGAGCGUCAAUGGAAUUCGAGCAUUUGCGGGCGUGCUUGCGUAUUGCGUCUCAAAAGCGGCUUUGGAUCAAUUUACGCGAUGCACGGCAUUGGAAUUGGCAGCGAAGAAAGUUCGUGUGAAUGCGGUGAAUCCGGGCGUGAUUGUCACGGAAAUCCACAAGAGAGGCGGAAUGGAUGAACAAGCGUAUCAAGCGUUUUUGGAGAAAUGCAAACAAACGCACGCCUUGGGAAGACCCGGAAAAGUCGAUGAAGUCGCUCAAGCAAUCGCGUUUUUGGCCAAUAAUGAGUUGUCGAGCUUCAUUACGGGAGCAAGCUUGCCGAUUGAUGGCGGAAGACACGCAAUGUGCCCGCGUUAAGGAGAUUUUUGCAACUAAAAUGAGAUUUUAUAAGCAACAAAAUAAAAAUAAAAUUUUAGGACGCUCCAAAUUUUUAUUAUUUAAAAAAAAUAAAAUCGUCAAAAUAUUUUUAAAAUUAAAAAAAAAAAAUUUUUCUAUAAUUU